UUGGUCCUUGAUUUUCUCCGCCAAGUGUCCAAAGCUAUGCCCACCCUAGACGACUCCGGCAGCAGACUUCAAAGCCAGAGUAAGGUCGCCCUCAAGCUGGCUGACCGCCGGAAACCGAUGAAGGAGGAUGGGUCUCCGGCAACACGUCUACUGCUCUUUCCGCACAAUGCAAAACAUUCAAGCUCCCGAGCGAUAGCGCAAGUCCUAAGAACUGUGGAGUUAAUGCACGAAGCUCUGGUGACCGGUGUACCUACUACAAAACGGCUUGUGGACAUGUACUACAAGGAUGUUCCGCUAUUCGGCUCACAGGUCGUAGUCGAUAAGCUUGUCGACGAUAUUGCUGCGACACUCAGUGUAGGACGUGCGGAUCUCAACGUCCGGGCAUCGUCAAAAGGCCUCGUCUCAGGGAGAGGACUUACCAUGCAUCUUUAUGAAGAGGACUCCAUCACAGUUAGCACCAGCGAGAGUACACUGAUACCAGUGUCUGAAGAGAUAGAGCGCUUUGAGGUGGAAGAUGACCUGUCUUGGGUGCUCGUCGUAGAGAAAGAGGCCGUCUUCCAAACGCUUUGUCGCCUCAAUUUGGCAGAACACUCCAGACUGCCGGGCCCCGGGCUUCUCAUUACCGGCAAAGGCUAUCCUGAUGUCGCAACUCGCCAACUCGUCCGCACGUUGUCCGACAAUCUACCCGCUGCAGUGCCGAUUAUUUCACUGGUUGACUGCGAUCCAUGGGGUAUUGACAUUCUGUCCGUAUACAAGUACGGCAGCGCAAGUAUGGUGCACGAGCAUAAGUCCCUCGUCGCGUCGCGCAUCGUGUGGGGAGGAGUGAGGGGCGAGGAUAUCUCUUUGCUCGGCUUGAAUAAGGACGCAAUGCUUCCUAUCACGAAGCACGACCAGAAGAAGGCCAUGGCCAUAUUGCGAAGAACCGAUUUGCCUGGGGAGUGGAAGACAGAACUACAACAUAUGUUGCACAGUCGUCGAAAAGCGGAGAUCGAGGUUUUGUCGUCAAUGAGUCCGGUUCUGGGUCCGCAGCAAGUUUUUUCCAUGGAGUCGAUGCAAGACGAAGACAUACAGCAUCGAAGGAACAGUCUACUGGAGUACACAGUGUGUAUAAUUGCCAAAGCAGUGGAUAAUGCAAGGCGAAAGUACGCGACGCAGGGCCGAAGGGUGGUAUAG